AUGCUGUGCAGAAACAAGGCUGAUCCUGAAACAUCUGAUGAUGAUCACAAGACACCGCUAUCCUUGGCCGCUAAGAUGGGCUAUACCGAAAUUGCCGCUGAGCAGGGCCACAAGGAAAUUUUCAGGCUACUGCUGGCCGAACAGCGGUUCGAGAUCGAUUUAUGGUUUUAUGGUUGUGAACCGCUGCUGCUUGCUGCCGAGCAUGGCCACAAGGAAAUUGUGCAGCUAUUACUGGCCAAAGAUGAGGUCGAUAUCAACUUACAGGAUAACAAUGGCCGUACACCGCUGGCAUGGGCGGCUGAGAAAGGCCACGAGGAAAUCGCGCAGCUCCUGAGCGUAAGCGAGGGCGAAUGA